AUGGGAGAUUCCACCACCACUUCUGCUACAACACCUACAUCUUCCGAAAAUGUCUCAACCACCACACCCACAAUCCUUAGCACCCCUGAAUCAUUUAAUACCAUUAUCAUCAUCAACACUGCUAUUCAAAUUCCAUUAAAACUCACCUCCACAAAUUACACUUCGUGGAAAUUCCAAUUCCACCCUCUUCUCGUUGGUUUUGAUUUGUUAGGUUUCAUUGAUGGAACAAAACCUUGUCCUUCUCCGUUUCUCUCAACCACUGAAGGAGAGAUUCACAAUCCUAAUUACUCUUUUUGGAUUCGCCAAGAUAACCUUAUUCUUAAUGCAAUUGUUGGUUCUCUAUCCCCUACCUUGAUUCCAUUUAUUGCUUCUGCAAAAACUUCACACGAGGCUUGGUUGAUUCUAGCCAACACAUAUGCCAGACCAUCUUGUGGUCGCAUUAGUCAAUUGAAAGAACAUUUACGUAUCCUCACGAAAGGAACUCAAUCUAUGACUGAAUAUUUGCAAACCGUGAAAUCCAUUGCCGAUGAUCUUGCCAUGCUGAAUGCUCCAAUCAAUAACGAAGAUCUCAUUCUUAAGAUCCUCGGAGGCCUUGAUGAUGAGUACAAAACUCUAAGCGAUGCCAUCCGUGUUUGUGAGACAACCACUACAUUUGAUGAGUUGCACGAAAAAUUAAUCAAUCACGAAGCUUACCUUCAACUUGAAACUGCAAAAAAUCUAAAAGUCUCUGCCAGCGCAAACCCGACACACAAAUCAUUACCACGUUACUGA